CUCAAGUGAUGGCAGAUAAACUAGGAUUUCCCUUUAUUCUUUUGGGGCUGACGUGUGAAGAUCACAUAACUAAGAGAGCAGGAAAUGGGUGGCCAAGAGGUUAAGCAGCUUGGGGAAUGCUCAGUUUCCAAUGCGUUGGGCAUAUGGGUGUUUUCAGUGGCGGGGGCUUUGCUAGUGAUCCCGGUGGGGAUAAAGAGGAAAUCUCUAGCGCCCCUCGUGUUCUUUGGCACAACCGGUACAAUGCUCGAUAUCAUUAUUGGAAUCAGUGCUCGUGAUAGGGAGAACUCAGAACGCCAGAUGAAGCUGUUAGAAGCCCAGAAUUCCACAGCCCAGAUGAAGCUGUUAGAAGCUACCUUUUGAACUUUUCUCUGAUUU